AUGGCUUCCACUGUUGAGUUGGCCUCCGCCUUUAUUGAGGGUGCCCCGCCCGGAGAGAUGUCGUCUCCGGCCCUGACCUCCGAGGGCGAUGACAUUAUUCCCUCGCUGCUGCCCGCGUUCAAGCGAUACAACGAGACCCAGCUUACAACAGUGAAGCUUCCCGGGUCAAGCCAGGAGGUCAUCGUCAGUGAAUUCAAUGCGCUAGAGGACAACCGCUAUUUUGAUCCUGAAAGCCAGACCUCUUUCGAGCUCGACCAUACCACACAGACUGCCUCUGGGGCACAAUCAUACCACCUGGAGUCCAGCAAUGCCGAUUUAAUCAAAUCGCUACUCAAGUCCUUCGGGGCUCACGCCCGUGAACACUACCCCAACUGCUCUUACGGCGUCUACCCCAUCGAGAACGACUCUGCCGUCGCUAUUCUCCUGGUCGCCAACCGAUACUCCCCCAACAACUUCUGGAACGGUCGCUUCCGUGCAUUUUACCAGGUCCCCGUCUCCUCGCCUUCCACUUUGACCGGUAAGAUCCAGGUCGAUGUACACUACUACGAGGACGGCAAUGUGGCACUCAACACCACCAAGCCCCUCAGCAUCAACAUUCCCUCCGUGUCCGCCGAGUCGAUUGUUUCCAAGAUCGCAGCAGCCGAGCGCGAUUACCAGGAGGCCUUGAACCGGGCGUUUGUGCAAACAGCAGAGGGUGCGUUCAAGGGUCUACGCAGACAACUUCCCAUCACACGUCAAAAGGUGGAGUGGGAGAAAGUCGGUGGAUACCGUCUGGGACAAGACAUCUCGGGCGGCAAAGGGCGAUAG